CUCCCUCAUUUCUUCUUAUCACAUUCAGAAAACCCUAAUAAAAAUAUAAUUUAGAUCCUUCUAGAGCUCUUCCCUCAUCCUGGGCUUUGUCUUGUUUCCCUGCGAAUUCAGGUUGACCUGAAUGGCUGAAUUCCUGCCAAGAAAUUUUGAUUCGAGAUAACUUAAGUUGUUGUAGAAAGGGGAGAUUUUGGAGAUGAAUUCUUUUUCUCCAUCAAUGGUUGGGGGAGGAGAGAGAUGUGGUUUUGUCUCUGGAUCCCAAAUUCUUUUGAAGAAAAACUUUCUUGGUUCUGCACUGCCAUUUGCUCUAAAUAAAGGGACUUACAGUCCUUGGUUGAAGCAGCUGGAAUGGUCUAGGUAUAGAAGUGGACACAGACUUGCUGUGUAUGCAAGAAUCAAAAAGGGUCAGAAACAUGAGUAUCCAUGGCCGGAUGAUAUUGAUCCGAAUAUGAAAAGUGGGCACUUGAGUUAUUUAUCUCAUUUCAAGCCUCUUACGGAAAAGCCGAAGCCUGUCACCCUUGCUUUCGAGAAGCCAUUGGUUGACUUAGAGAAGAAAAUUGUCGAUGUGCGCAAAAUGGCUGAGGAAACUGGUCUGGAUUUCAGUGAGCAAAUUAAUUUAUUGGAAAACAAGUAUCAACAGGCUCUAAAAGAUUUGUACACCCAUUUAACUCCUAUUCAACGUUUGAAUAUUGCUCGACAUCCGAACAGGCCAACAUUUCUUGAUCAUGUUUUGAAUAUCACUGAGAAGUGGGUCGAGCUGCAUGGAGACCGUGCUGGUUAUGAUGAUCCAGCCAUUGUUACUGGCAUUGGGAGCAUAGAUGGCAAGUCAUACCUUUUUAUAGGCCAUCAGAAAGGAAGAAACACCAAAGAAAACAUUCAAAGAAAUUUUGCAAUGCCUACGCCCCAUGGCUACCGAAAGGCUUUGCGCAUGAUGAGAUAUGCUGACCACCAUGGCUUUCCUAUUAUCACAUUUAUUGACACACCUGGUGCAUUCGCUGAUCUCAAAUCUGAAGAGCUUGGCCAAGGGGAGGCAAUUGCUCACAAUUUAAGGGAAAUGUUCGGCCUUAAGGUUCCAAUAAUCACAAUUGUUAUUGGUGAGGGUGGUUCUGGUGGGGCUCUUGCAAUUGGUUGCGCAAACAAGUUGUUUAUGUUGGAGAAUGCUGUAUUUUAUGUUGCAAGUCCGGAAGCAUGUGCUGCAAUUUUGUGGAAGUCUUCCCAAGCAGCUCCUAAGGCAGCAGAGAAACUAAAAAUCACAGCUACAGAACUAUGCAGGUUCAAAAUUGCUGAUGGAAUCAUUCCUGAACCUUUAGGUGGUGCUCAUAUUGACCCCACUUGGACUUCACAACAGAUCAAAGUGAUGAUUUCAAAGGCAAUGGAGGAACUUGCACAAAUGGAUACUGAUGCUCUACUCAGUCAUCGACAUCUUAAAUUUCGUGCACUCGGGGGCUUCCUUGAAGGUGCUGAUGUAGAGCCAGAGAAAAAACGUAACAUGAAGAAGAAGGAAGCCAAUGUAUCUAAAUUAACGGCCGACUUAGAACUGGAAAUCGAUAACCUUAAGAGGGCUGCAAAUGAAGCCAAAGGCCAAUCUUCUGGUCCUGUUAUCACCAAAGAGGCAAUAGAAAAGUUGAGACUAGAUGUCGACAAAGAAAUAACUAAUGCUUUCAUUUCUAUGGGUCUGCAAGAGAAGCUAGAAACUCUCAAGAUGGAGUUGUCGAAGGUGCAGUCUAAAUCUGAAAGUCCGGCCCUUAAUCCAGCAUUGAAGGACAAGGCAGAUAAACUUUUCCAAGAAUUUAAACUAAAUUUAUCCCGCCCGGGGUCCUUCCUCAGUUUAAAGCAGAAACUCGAAAAGCUUGCAGAGGUUAACAAGUUGGUGGAGCAAAGAGAGAAAGCCGAGAAACUAAGGAAGGAGAUCAAUGAGAAACUCGGAGGCCGGGUAAAAGAAAGGAUGGAAAUCUUAAAAAUGGCACGGGAGAAAGUCGCGAAAGGAGAGAAGUUAAGUGAAGAUCUUAUAAAGGAGGUGGACAAGGUGAAGGAAGAACUCCAGGAAAUGCUUAAAUCGGUGAAUUUGGAAGUCAUCGGCUCAAGUAAGAAAAAAGCUCCAUCAGCUCCGCCAGGCCUGGAGGAGAAGCUGGAGAAAGCUGAUGAGGUAAUAAAGAUGGAAAUAGACAAAGCUGUUGAGCUCGGAGGUUUAAAAGUUAAAUUAGAGGAGUUGAAGGCUGAGGUUGCUCAAGGAUCAAAUAAGGAAAAGAUUAAUGAAUUAUCAAAGGAGAUAAGAGAACAAAUUGCCGCGGUGGUUGAUCCUGCUGAACUUAAGAAGAAAAUCGAGAGUGUGACCGGUUUAUCACAGCCAGAAGCUACUGAUACAUUGCCGCGACAAGCUGGUAUUGUUGCUGACUAAUGUUGAGGCUGUUGUCUAUCUGUUUUAUUUAGUACAUGUUGUGAUCUUUGUAUAAAAUGUUCGACAGAAAAAAAUUUGUUAUUGCAUUUCUUUGUCAGAAA